CGUCUUUUAAACUCUUCAUCUCGCAAGAGGACCUUGUCGCAAACUGCACAAAGUCUUGUCAUCCACUUGUUCUCGAUGGGCUCUACGUGAACCGUGAACAUCACAGAGCGGAUGUAGAGAGGACUAAACGACCUGUCCACCGGUUCGGCGCUCAGUUCGGUGUUGUGGAAGUUAAGACAAGAAUCAGCUGAUUUGCAAAAAUAUUUGCAUCUUUCGAGGAAUCAACAUUAAAAAUCCAUCACUUCUGACAACGAGCAUGAUGGAGGUGUCUGACGAAUUCAGCCGUUUAAAAGGUAUUUCAUAUUUGGACCAUGCUGGCGCCACUCUCUAUUCAGAACAGCAGAUGAAAGAUAUCAUGCAAGAUCUUUGUAGUUCAGUGUAUGGGAAUCCUCACUCCUUAAACACUUUAAGUAAGCUGACAGAAGAUAUUGUUGAUCAAAUACGUAUCAGGGUCUUGAAUUUAUUCAACACAAACAUGGAUGAAUAUGAUCUCAUUUUUACUUCUGGAACAACCUCCUCUUUAAAAUUAGUUGCAGAAAGUUUCAACUUUGGAGCUGAAAAUAACAAAGGAAUCUUUGCCUAUGCACAAGAGAACCACACAUCUGUUCUUGGUAUGCGAGAAAUUGUGGCUGAUAAAAGCUUAGCCAUAGAAUGUCUUCCACAAAGAGUAUUAAAUAAAAUAUUUGGCUCCACAAUCAACAAUAUUGCCAAAGAAAACUGUGACAAGGAAGUUGGGAAUUCUCUACUUGUUCUACCAGGACAAUGCAACUUUUCAGGAGCCAAAACACCCCUUGGGUGGGUGGACAUGUGUCAGGCUGGGAUAUUGAACAGCACGUUUCAAACAAAAAGCAGUUGGGCAUGUCUUCUAGAUGCAGCAUCCCUCGUAUCCACAAGUCAAUUAGAUUUGUCUACUUGUAAGCCAGACUUUGUCACUCUUUCAUUUUAUAAAAUAUUUGGCUAUCCAACUGGACUUGGGGCUUUGUUAGUGAAAAAUGAAAGCAGCCAUUUGCUGUCCCAGAAAAAAUAUUACGGUGGAGGGACUGUUCUGAUUGCAUUGAGUGCUAGAAGACAUCAUAGGACCAGAAAAUUACUUCAUGAAAGGUUUGAGGAUGGCACACUUCCAUUUUUAUCAGUGGUAGCUGUUGGUCAUGGAUUGACUACUUUGAAUAGAUUAGGAGGUUCAAUGGAUAAAAUUCGGCAGCAUACUUUUUCUCUAGCCAGACGUGCCCAUCACAGUCUGAAGGCUUUACAGCAUUACAAUAACACACCUGUUGCUAUUUUAUACUGUGACAAUGAUUUUGAAGAUCCAGAUAUUCAAGGACCUGUUGUCAAUUUUAAUUUACUACAACCAGAUGGAAAAUAUGUUGGAUAUAGAAAGGUAUUAAUCAUGGCUAAUAGUCAUAAAAUACAACUUCGUACAGGGUGUUUCUGUAACCCUGGUGCAUGCCAACGCCAUUUGCAAUUGACAGAGAUAGAUGUACUGUCCCACUAUGAGGCAGGUCAUGUGUGCGGAGAUCAAGUUGACCUAAUAAAUGGAGUUCCAACGGGUUCUGUUCGGAUUUCAUUUGGAUACAUGUCAACAGACGAAGAUGUCAAUGCUUUCCUAAACAUGGUGUAUCAAUGUUUCACAGAACAUUGCCCUUCAAAUAAUACUGUUGAUGAUAUAAAAGAAGAAUGGCAUGAUGCAUCAGAAAAUUUGCUGGACUCUCAUGUGGAGGAGAUAACUUUGUCAACCACAGCAACAUUAACAGAGGUUGCACUAUACCCAAUUAAGUCAUGUGGAGGUUUUAAACCUGAAACAUUCUGGCCAAUUGGCCCGAGAGGGCUCAUGUAUGAUAGAAAUUGGAUGAUAGUGUCAGCUGCAGGCACAGCUUUGACCCAAACACUAGAACCACGCCUGGCACUCAUCCGCCCUAAUGUUGAUUUGAACAAUAAAUUGUUACACCUACAUUUUUCUGGUGAGUCGAGUUCAGUAUCAGUACCACUUGAUGAGACAAAUAAUAAUGAGAAAGUGAAUGGAUCACUGUGCCAAAGUAAAGUCUGUGGAGAUAGAAUAGAUGGAAUUGACUGCGGGGAUGAAGUGGCUAAAUGGCUAUCUUCCAACUUGGGGAGACACGGUAUUAGAUUAGUACGCCAGCUAAAAAAAGAUGGAAGAUCUGGAAAAGAUUUCAAAAAGGCCCUUGCACUUUCUAACAAGGCACAAUUUCUUAUGGUCAGUGAGGAAAGUGUGUCAUGGCUAGGGGAUCAAAUUGAUCCUACUGAGUGUGAAAAGGUGGGACUAGUUGAUCGUUUUCGUGCUAAUUUAGUUUUGGGUGGAGAAAUACCUCCAUUUGCAGAAAAAGAUUGGAUAGAAAUAAAAAUUGGAUCGCAACGUUUCACUGUUGAUGGGCCCUGCACAAGAUGUGGGGUCGUGUGUGUUGAUCAGGCAACUGGUCUAAGAACAAACGAACCUCUUCGUACUCUGGUUAAGAUUAACCAGCACAAUGUGCACUUUGGAGUAUACUUAAGUCAUCAACCCGAUGGUGAUGAUGAUGGCAUAGGACUCAUAUCACGCGGUAAUGGAGUAACUGUACUCAAACGAAGAUGUCAAGAAAAUUCUAAUUUCAAAACACAAGCAGACCACACAUGACUGUCUAGAGCGCCUAUCGACGAAAUGGGCAAACCUUUACAUUCUAAAAGAAUAUUUUUCUAAUUGUAUGAAGUUUCAUAUAAAUACUUUUAUAAGAAUCGCAUUAAGCAUUUUUUACAAAAUAAAAUAAAAUUGCACUGUCCAA